GGAAGCUCCCUCUCCUUCUUCUCCUCAUUUCCUCUCUCUAACUGUCUUCUCUCCUUUAUACACAAGCCCAUUGGAAUUAAGUGCAUCUCAUAAGUCCUCAUGUCUCUGAACGAAGUCUGGCAGGCAGCUUCUGCGAGCCCGUAUACUCCCCUAGUCUCUAAAGACAGCCAGUUCUUUGUCGGCUUCAGUCUACUACUUGCUGCUUUCAUCCUUACUGGACUUUUCGGAUUGAAUCGUUCCUUCCUCAGCAUCGCUUCCUUCGGAGUCCCGGCAUCUUUGGCGUUUGGCUUCGGAGCCGUAUUCAUGAUCUGUGCCGUUGGGGUCUACCUCUCGAGUCUCUACUCUGUCGUGCUUAAGCCAAUUCCACUCCAAACCAUCAUGACGGACACGGAACCCAUUUUCACUGCUGUCUCCAGCAAUGCCCACCAUCUCUACACUCUCCUCCAAUGCAUCGGCUUCACAUCCAGGGCCACGGUGCAGAUAACCCCAGAUGGAAUCCGCUUCUCCGCCGAAGAGAUGCGAGUCAUCCAGGGGCUCGCAUUUCUCGACAAAGCCCUCUUCACCAGUUACACCUUCAACCCACCAGCCGCGCCAAACCAAGGGACAACAGACAACAAUGACAACGACGACGAUACAACUUCCGACCCCUCCACCUACUACCCGUGCUUCGUCGUCUCCUUGUCCGCCCUCCUAGAGACCCUGAAGAUCUUCGGCACCAACGACUCCUCCACCAACCCGAACGCCGGUCGAGCAUCCAGCGUCCAACCAACCCACCCAUCCGGACCUGGCGCCUUCUCCGCCCCCUCCUUACUCCUAGACCGCUCCUGCACAAUCCGCUACACCAGCGAAGGCUCUCCCCUCAGCAUCACGCUCUCAGAGACGGGCGUCAAAACCACCUGCGAAUUAACAACCUACGAAACCGAAGGCAGUGAAGUCGACAUCCCCCUCCAACGAGAUGCCAUCAUCAUGAAGAUCAUCAUGCGCUCUGCCUGGCUCCACAAUGCCAUCUCAGAACUAGCCGCCACAAGCCCAUCGGUAUUGAAGAUCUCCGCGUCCGCGACCCGGAAACCAUUCUUCGCUCUCUCCGGCACGGGAGGCUCGUUCAGCGAGUCAUCUGUAGAAUUCUCCGUCGAGAAUGGCGGGGCUAAUGGUCCGGGAGGUGAUGCAAGAGGCUCAAUUGAUGAAGGGUCCCGUGCGAAGAAAGCUAAACUUGCGCCGACUGUCACGGAGACGUUCCAUGUCAGUCCGCCGUCGUCGAUGGGGUCGCGUCUCAAGCAGAAUUACAAGUUCGCGCUGAUUCAGAAGGCGGCGCGUGCUAUGGCGGUGGCUAAUAAAGUGAGCAUUCGUGGGGAUCGCCAGGGUGUAUUGAGUCUUCAGUUUAUGAUUGAGUUUGAUGCUAAUGGGGCUGGUGGUGUACGGCCGCUGAAGGGUGGUCCGCCGCCUGUUGUGACGUUUGUGGAUUUCCGGUUUGUGCCGUUGCUGGAUGAUGAGGAGGGUGAUGAUCUGGAGUGA